AGGGAGGGAGGAGCAGCGAGAUAAGUGCGUGCGUGCAUUUACUUAACGAGACUUCCCUGUCUCUGCCAAAGCAAAUACGCUUCAUGCACGCACGCACGCACGCAUGCAUGCAAGCUGCGGUACAAGGAACACUCGGCUGAGGAGUGCGCGCAAGACUGCCACAAAUUGCAGCCGGGCGGUUGUAGUUGUUGUUCUUGUUGUUGCUUGUUAAAGCUGUUUUUUGUUUUUUUUGCACAUGGAUAUUCGGAUUUGCUCCCCACGACCUCCUCGCGCAAAAUGAUGGAGCCGUGCUAACAGGAGGAAGAAGUGGACCAGGCUAUCUCUUUAGACAACAGGGCUUCUCAUUGUUGAGUGGAAACUCCUUCAAAGCCUCAAGUGCUUGACUUUUAUGGGGGACGGCAUGAUGGCGGCGUACGGACAAACCCAGUACAGCCCCAGCCUCCAAGCUGCCGGAGCCUACAGCCCUUACACGCAUCACACGCAAGGCUACACGGUGCCAUCCUACAACAUCAAGACAGAGGAGGGCCUGAGCCAGUCGCCAGGCCAGACGGGGCUUUUGGGCUACUCCAACUUCAGCAGCGCCCCCGCCACUCAGAGCAUCUACGGCUACUCGCACACGCACGGUGGAGGCAUUUCCCCGGGCAUUUUCCAAGGCGGCCACGCCAUCUCCACCUCUACGCCAUUCAACCCCACGCAGCAAGAGUUUUCAGCGUAUUCCAACUACAGUCAGAGUCAAUACUCGCCGUAUUACAACUCGCAUCACUACAACAGCCCGUACCUGAGCAGCAGCAGCAACAUCAGCCCCGCCUCCAUCAGCACCCCGUUAGCCUAUCAGCAUCUGGAGCACAGUGUCAUGUUACCCAAUCACAGCCCAGAGUCUCACACGGGAGAAUACCAGCCACCGCCUAGCCCCCCCACUCCAGGUAAAGAGGAGAGCGAGAGGGGCACCGUGUCCAUGCGGAGGGGCUCCGACGCCAAGUUGAGGGGGAGGAAAAAAGUCACUGACCCGGCGCCACCUUUGGAUGCUGACAUUGAGCGGGUGUUUAUCUGGGACCUGGAUGAAACCAUCAUUAUUUUCCACUCGCUCCUCACGGGGACCUUCUCCUCAAGAUUUGGCAAGGAUUCUUCCAAAGCGGUUUCACUGGGAUUGUGGAUGGAGGAGAUGAUCUUCAAUCUGGCCGACUCGCGACUCUUCUUCAACGAUUUGGAGGAAUGUGACCAGGUUCAUAUUGAUGACGUGGCGUCGGACGACAACGGUCAGGACCUGAGCACAUACAAUUUCACGACGGACGGCUUCCAGAGCCCGGCGGGGGCCGGCUCCCUGUGUCUGGGCUCGGGAGUCCACGGAGGGGUGGACUGGAUGAGGAAGCUGGCCUUCCGAUACCGGCGCGUCAAGGAGAUUUACAACACGUACAAGAAUAAUGUUGGCGGUUUGCUAGGCAGUCCCAAGCGGGAGGAGUGGCUCCAGCUGAGGCGGGAGAUGGAGGUCCUCACCGACCUGUGGCUCACCCAAGCGCUCAAAGCUCUGGCCCUCAUCAGCACCAGGCCCAACUGCGUGAAUGUCUUGGUGACCACCACCCAACUGGUCCCAGCCCUUUCCAAAGUGCUACUGUACGGUUUGGGGGCCGCCUUUCCCAUCGAGAACAUCUACAGCGCCACCAAGAUCGGCAAGGAGAGCUGCUUCGACCGUAUUUCUCAGAGGUUUGGCAGGAGAGCCGUCUACGUGGUGGUUGGAGACGGAACCGAAGAGGAGACGGUGGCCAAGAAGAAGAAUAUGCCAUUCUGGAGGGUGUCUUGCCGGGCCGACCUGGAGGCUCUGAGCCACGCACUGGAGCUGGACUACCUGUAGGGGGCGGGCGUCAAACCUCCGGUACAACCAACACCAGAAACUCUUGAACUCUUGAACCAAAUAAGACUGAUGAUUCCCAGUCAGUGGUGCUGAGUCAAGUUGACGGUUGGUAGUGACCAAAACACGUGGCUAGAGGACCAAAGCUUAGCGCUAACCCCAGGGAACUUCUGCAAAUGCCUUUUUUUCCUUCUUCGGUGUCUCUUUAAUUCAAUUCAUUUCGGAUAAUGUCUCUGAAUUGGAUUUUUCAUUCAAAGAC